UUUACAUUGACCACAGGAUGUCGCUGUAUACCACAAAGUCAUGUCAAUGUACAUCAGAUACCGAUCUCUCAAAAUUGAAGGCGGAAGCUCCAUUUUGUUAUCGUCCGAGAAGAGACAAGCGGUAGGGAGAUAAAUGAUUGAAAAUAUGAAGUAAAUAAGCUUUAUUCCGAAGGAAGGUGAGAGCAGCACGAAAGGUAUAGUGUUUUUGCGAUGCUAUUUUCCAGAAGAGGAGGCCCGGGAGCCCGGUGUCUGCUGCUCUCGCUUUUUCUACUCGAAUUCUGCGAGACUGGGAGCAGCCAGCUCCAUUACUCGGUCUCCGAGGAAGCCAAACACGGCACCUUCGUGGGCCGCAUCGCGCAGGACCUGGGGCUGGAGCUGGAGGACCUGGUGCCCCGCCUGUUCCGGGUGGCGUCCAAGGGCCGCGCGGACCUUCUGGAGGUAAAUCUGCAGAAUGGCAUCUUGUUUGUGAAUUCUCGGAUCGACCGGGAGGAGCUGUGCGGGCGGAGCGCGGAGUGUAGCAUCCACCUGGAGGUGAUCGUGGACCGGCCGCUGCAGGUUUUCCACGUGGAGGUGAAGGUGAAGGACAUUAAUGAUAAUCCACCGAUUUUCAGACACAGAGAACAAAGACUAUUUAUUCCUGAAUCUAGACUGCUGGAUUCACAUUUUCCGAUAGAGGGCGCUUCUGAUGCAGACGUUGGUACCAACGCUCUUCUAACAUACACCCUCAGCCCCAGUGAUUAUUUCUCUUUGGAUGUACAGGCAAGUGAUGAAUUCAGUAAAUCUCUUUCACUUGAACUGAAGAAAUCUUUGGAUAGAGAAGAAACACCAGAACUUCAUUUAUUAUUGACAGCUACUGACGGGGGCAAACCAGAACUGGAAGGUACAGUUCAGCUGCUGAUCACGGUGCUAGAUGUUAAUGAUAACGCCCCACUGUUUGAUCAGGCAGUGUAUAGAAUUAACUUAUUAGAGACUACCGAAAACGGAACAUUAGUGGCCACAUUAAAUGCUUCUGAUGCUGACGAAGGUGUAAAUGGCGAAGUUGUCUUUUCCUUUGGUAGUGAUGUUUCUCUUAACAUUCAACAAAAAUUCAAAAUUGAUUCCAGCUCAGGAGAAAUCAGAGUAAUCGGUACACUGGAUUAUGAAGAAACAAAAUCGUAUGAGAUAAGAAUAAAGGCGGUAGAUAAAGGCAGUCCUCCAAUGUCAAAUCAUUGCAAGGUUUUGGUGAAAAUGCUGGAUGUAAAUGAUAAUGCCCCGGAACUGGUGAUCACUUCUCUGUCUUUGCCCAUCAGAGAGGACGCUCCACUGGGCACUGUAAUCGCCCUCAUCACGGUGUCAGACCGCGACUCAGGUACCAACGGGCAGGUGACCUGCUCCUUGAUGCCCCAUGUCCCCUUCAAGCUGGUGUCCACCUUCAAGAAUUACUACUCGCUGGUGCUGGACAGCGCCCUGGACAGAGAGAGCAUUUCUGACUACACCGUGGUGGUGACAGCGCGGGACGGGGGCUCGCCUUCGCUCUGGGCCACCGCCAGCGUGUCGGUGGCGGUGGCUGACCUCCCGCCCACGGUGCUGGUGUCUCUGGUGGACAGCGGCCAGGCGCCUAAGGCCUCUUCGCGGGCGAUGGUGGGCGCUGCUGGCCCCGAGUCGACCCUGGUGGACGUGAACGUGUACCUGAUCAUCGCCAUCUGCGCGGUGUCCAGCCUGCUGGUGCUCACGCUGCUGCUGUACACGGCGCUGCGGUGCUCGGCGCCGCCCCCAGAGGGCGCUUGCGGGCCUGGGAAGCCGACGCUGGUGUGCUCCAGCGCGGUGGGGAGCUGGUCAUACUCUCAGCAGAGGAGGAGUCAGAGGGUGUGCUCUGGGGAGGGCCCUCCCAAGACUGACCUCAUGGCCUUCAGCCCCGGGCUACCUCCAGGCCUGAAUCCGUCGGAAAGAAAUGAACAUUCAGAAGCAAAUUCAGAUAUCUCCAGUAAUGUAAGUCCAACGUUCAAACUUUUAGUUUAA